GUAUUAUUAAAGGACUCUGUAAGGAACAUAUGUUAGAUAUGGCUGUCAAGUGUUCCUGGACCUCACGGAUAGAAACCUAAGUCCUGAUUCUGUUACUUACAGGAUGUUGAUAAGAGCCCACUUUAGAGAAGGUAAUGGAGAAGGAGUCUUGAAGUUUAUUCAAGGGGUUGAGAUAUUAGAUCCUGAGUUACUCUCUUCCAUAUGCAAUGAUAGCGUUGCUUUCUUAUGCUCAAAAGGUUCUCUUGCAGCCGCUGUGGAUGUAUACAUGUUAGCUAGAGGGAGAAGUUUGGUCAUUAUGAGCAAAUCAUACUAUAAACUCCUUAAAGGUCUCCUCCAUGAUGGAGAAAAACAGAUUUUUCAACUGAUAAUGAAUGAUUGCAUCAAAGAUCAUGGAACUUUUGAACCUAGAAUAGUUAAUAUAUUGUCUCUUUACCUUUGUAAGAGGAAUGUACGAGAAAGUAUUCAGUUUUUGAAUUAUACAAGCAAUAAGAAUAUUUCUGUCAGUGUUGUCACAGCAGUUGUUGAUGCACUUAAGAAGGAAGGUAGAAUUCAGGAUGCACAUAACUUUCUGAUGGAAGCUGAGGAAAAUGGAGCAUCUCUGGAUGUAGUAGUUUACUCCAUUGUGGUGGAUGGACUUUGCAAGGCAGGGUACCUCAAAAAAGCAUUAGAUCUUUGUGCGAGAAUGAGAAAGAAGGGGAUGAAUCCAAACAUUGUUAUCUACAAUUCAGUGAUUAAUGGUUUGUGCCAGCAGGGAUGUCUAGUUGAAGCAUUUAGGUUAUUUGACUCUUUGGAACAUAACAGUCUGCUUCCUACAAUUAUUACAUAUGCUACGCUUAUAGCCGCUUUAUCUAAAGAAGGUUUCCUGCAAGAUGCAAAUCAGUUGUUUGAUAAGAUGGUUCAUCAGGGCAUCACCCCGAAUAUUCGCAUUUACAACUUAUUGAUAAGCGGAUAUUGCAGCUUUGGAUUAAUAGAAGAAGCACUCAAGGUUCUUUCAGAUUUGGAGGGAAGUUGUCUGCAACCAGAUGCUUACACAAUCAGUGCUGUGAUCAGUGGCUGCUGUCUAAGAGGUGACGUUGAAGGCGCCCUAGGUUUUUUCAGUGAAUACAGAAAAAGAGGGUUUUCUCCAGAUUUUCUGGGUUUCUUGAACUUGAUAAGAGGACUCUUUGCUAAGGGAAGGAUGGAAGAAGCAAGGAGCAUAUUGAGGAACAUGCUUCAGUGUGCAGAUGUCACGAAUUUAAUUAACAGAGCUGGAGAUGAGCUUAAGGUAGAAUCAUUAGUAAGUCUUCUGUUUCUUGCAUGUGACCAAGGGAGAAUUCAAGAAGUCAUUGCUGUCCUAAGCGAAGUUGGAUCUAUGUUUUUCCCCUCGUGGAGAUCAGACAGUGAAAACAGACAGCUUAAGAAGCUGCAUGAAUCAGGAUAUGUGGAUACUGAUGCUGAAAUGAUAGAUUCUGCAAGAGGAGGUAUUUAUCCAGUAGUGAUUAAAGUUCCUGGAAACUUGUAUGUGAAAUCAAAACCAAAAUAUAUGAUUGGAGGUAUGGUUGAUAUGAGUCGCAAAUCAUCCAAGGAGGUGGACAAGGAUCAUGAGCUAGAAGAUUAUGAACAUUUAAUAGCAAACUCACUAUGCUAUGAUUUUGAUGCUUAUUACUCCAUCAUUGCUUCGCUUUGUUCCAAAGGGGAACUGCAUAAGGCUAAUAGUGUAGUCAAAGCAAUGCUUCUGAGUUCUGGAGAAUGUUGUUGAUUUAGCCCUUUGCAACUCUUUGCGAAUUUAUGGACAUUGCCAAGGGAAGAUGGGCUUUUUACCUUUCUAUAUUGGCAAUCAUGCUAAAAUAAAUCUCAGGCCAUCAACAUCUCAAAGAAUGCCGAAUCAACUGCUUUCUUACAGUUUGUCCAAUCAAUCCUUAAUUUUCUUCUAUAUCUCAUGGUUCAUGGUGGUGAAACCCUUCAGGUUUUAUAGGAGGUGAAGCCAAAUUUGCUUUGUUUUUGUAUAAAAAUUGAAUCUUUAGCAGUGGGCAUGGUAGUUUUUCGAGCAAUUCAAAGCCGAACAGUGUGGUUGGGUAUUUUCUAUUUCUCCAUUCUGCCUUAACAUCACUGGAGGAUCAGUCGCAGGACUCAUCACCAGAACCAUGGGCAUGUUGAGAAUGCUGAGUUAUGGCACCCUGUUAGUCGCUUGCACCUGCUUGACCUAUGGAUUGAUUGUUAUUUUUCUCAAGCAUUUUGAUGAUGAUGUGUUUUUAUCAUUUUGGAUCACUUGCAGUUAUCUGAGAAGUUAUAUAGGAGUUUGGAUUCCGUAACUCGGAUUCUUCGUUUCACCUUGCCUUUCCCCAUGCUUGAAUACCCCUUUUACCUGGUGAGCACCCACACAGCCACGCUUCAAUGGGAUCAACUAUGGAUCCUGAGGAUUUCAAUUUAGGUGGAGUCCAGGGAAGAGAGGUUCACACUUCCAUCCAGAUAGUGAUCUAUUUGUUCCAAAUGAAAGGAUGUGAUAACAUCAACAGUUUGCUGGUCAGGUAUGGUGGUGGUGCAUGCAGGAUUAACAUGUAAAUUUGACCUUGUCCCAAUGACUAAACUGUAUGAAUUCCCUAUUUGAUAUUCAUUUUGUUGUUGGAGUUUAUGACAUACUUGCAUCAUCACAGGCAUGAUGACAAACUUCCCUCGUAUUAUGGAAAGUACAAGCAAGGUCAGAGACCAAUUCAAAAUGGAAGAUCAAAGAGCUCAGAUCACAAGGCUAUUCUUUUGCUGUUUAACAAAGAAUUCAACAAUCAAAUGAUGAGAUGGAUAUAAAUAGGAGAGUCAAAACAAAUGCAAACUUUUUCAGCUGAAACAUUGGAGGUGGAAAAAAUGGUGAAGAAAGGCCAACUGACCAGUCCAGUGAGAUUGAAAUGGAGAGGAAAAGCCAGGAACAUGAGCAGAUUUUAUUAGGAAGAGAUAGAACUGGUUAAUGUAGUUGAUCCUUUGAUUCAAUUAAGCAGAAGCUUUGAAGCCGAACCCAGUCAUCUACUGCAGAUGAUAGAAGAGCUCCAAACACCAACCCAAUAUCUUCUGACAUCUUGGAUGCUGUUUCAGUGAAAGCAACAGUCGACAGCAAGUUGAUGGCGAGGAGGGGGAGGAAGCUCCCUUGCUGGCCAGAACUCCCGGAACCAAGAACAGAGAAUUGUAGUGACAAAAGGAUCAAGGGAUAUAUUUUGUCAGCCCUAUGAACUCUUAGGGCUUGAUCAGGGAUUUAAAAGGGUAGCUGUGCUGUGCAAGUCUGCGAGGCAAGCAUGCAGUAUCUUGAACUGGCAAGUUGCAUUGCAAGGAAAGAGGUGAAUGUGUAAGUAAUGGAAUUCCCUUUCUAAGAAAGGGAGCACCUUGACACUUUGAUCAUGAUUUAUUUCUUUAUGCUAUCACAAUGGUCACAGUUCUUUUAUAAAAUUCACUAAUCAUUGGCUCUUAAA